GUGUGAGCAAAGAGGGAAAAUGGCGGACUUGGCAAAUGAAGGUGAGCAGUGGCCGUGUGAGGAAUCGAAACCGUUGAAUUAUCUACAUUAAGUUUUAAGUAUAGUUCAAGUACCGUAUGCUAAAAGUAGUGCUUCACAGCCUUUCAAGAGAACGGUUGAACGAAAAAACAAAGUCCACUCCGGUUGCAUACAAAAGAAAACGUUAGCUUUCAGACACAACGCUAGCGUCUCUAUUUAGGCGGGGAUGGGACGCUGGCAAACGUUAGUUAGGUUAUCAGAAAUGUUGGUACUUUUAUCUACGUGUUAGCAAGGUAUAUCUAAUCAGUUAGUAAUGUACGUUAAAGCAUGUUUGCUACCUACCUAGCUAUGUGGGUUGCUUAUUUGUGACAGUCAUAUCUAACGUUAGCUAGCUAACAAUUUCAUCAGCUAGCUAACGUUAGCCGGCGAAAUGACUCACUACUCCUUGGCGGGGGCUAUGGCUAACUUUAGCAGGAGUGUUAUUUGUCAAGGACAGCUAGCUAGCCAAUAAAAGCCUGAACUCUUGAAAGCCAACUAUCUGUCAAAACCCCACUUGCCAGUGAGGUAGUUAGCAAAUGUAGUUAGCAAUCUUAGCUAAUGAAUGCUGCACAUUUGGAACUGGAGGACUAGCUAGUACAGUAGCUAAUUAACAAGUCUGCUGGGUGAGCCUAAUCUUACGCAAAAUCAAAUUCGCUAGCUAGCGUUGUGGUUUGUAAGUUAGUUAGCUAAAACUGACUAGACUGUGACAGUAUAUUAGUUAGCCAAAUUAUGUCACUAGUUAACUAAGUUGUUUUGAUGUAUCUGAUUGGAAGCCAGUGGCUAUGUCAUGGUUGUGGUCCUCUGUAGCUCAGCUGGUAGAGCACGGCGCUUGUAACGCCAAGGUAGUGGGUUCGAUCCCCGGGACCACCCAUACACAAAAAUGUAUGCACGCAUGACUGUAAGUCGCUUUGGAUAAAAGCGUCUGCUAAAUGGCAUAUUAUUAUUAUUAUUAGAAACGUCAAACGUUCAGGCUGCUGCACAGACGCUAUGGAGGACACUAUAGUUAAAGAUGCGCUAUGCAGAACUCGCUCCGCCAUUUCCCGGUUGCUUAAAUUCUAAUAGUUCGCCUAAUUUCAGUUUGUCACAAAACAAACAAGUAUAGAGAAUCAUUUUACCAUCUAAACUGCUCUGAAAUAUUUUUCCAUAACCAAAAAUAUAGUAUUUGAAGCUGGUAUACAAAACCGAAAAGUAAAAGACGCAAAAACGAACUUAAGACCUGGAAGCAUAGAAAUAAUGCACAAAUAAGCUUUCAAUUAGAAUGAUCCAUAGCACGCAUUGCUAUGUGAAUUUGGUCGUCGGCCAAAAAGUUACAUAUUGCAGCUUUAACUGACGUUGACAUAAGUGUUUUGUUCCCUUUAACGUGAUGGCAGCCUCCGGAAAUCAACAUCCGACAUUCCAAUAAAAAAAAAAAACUAGUUGUCAUCUAACCAACUAUGUAUAAGUUAUUCAAAGUGGCCUUUGAAUAGUGUUAGUUUAAACCGCUCUACACCCCAAACGUUUCCCCCCUGUUCUAUUGAUUUCAGCGUGAUAUCGAUGGAAGUGAUUAACAAAAAAAGUGUUGCGGUACACUUGAAGACGUAGCUAGCUGUCCUCUAACCAGUGAUGUAAGCCUACCCAUUAUUCCCAGAUUCCGUGUGGUUUUUGUGCUGUGUUAGUUUUAACAGGACCACCUCAUCUCACCCUCUCGCGCAAUUGAUUUCAACGUGAUAUCGAUAUGCGUGAUUGACAAAACAGUGUUGCGUUUCUUUCUGUUUUGGUGACCACCAUAUCAAAAUGCAACAUUCCAAAAUGUAGCUGACUGUUAUGCAGGUUGUCCUUUUAACCAGUGAUGUAACAAAACAUCUCCAGUUUCCAUGCGUUUUUUGAGUUGUGGUUGUUUCAGCAGCACCUAUUUCCCUCUUUAUUGAUGAGUGAUUUAUUGCCACUUGUCAAAACAGCAGGGUUUUUGGUGCUUGUGCAGUUUAAGGUGCUCCUUAAAAAAAUAUAGUAUGAUUACUAUUGUUGCCUUCAAAGUAUUCAUACCCCUUGACUUAUUCCACAUUUUGUUGUGACAGCCUGAAUUCAUCUACACACAAUAGCCCAUAAUGACAAAGUGAAAACAUGUUUUUAGAAAUGUUUGCAAAUGUAUUGAAAAUGAAAUGAGUCAAUACUUUAUAGAAGCACCUUUGGCGGCAAUUACAGCUUUGAGUCUUGGGUAUGUCUAUCAGCUUUGCACAUCUGGAUUUGGGGAUUUUCCUCCAUUCUUCCUUGCAGGAUGGUGUUAGAUGGGCUGUGCCUGGUUUUCUCCAGACGUAGCGUUCUGCAUUCAGGCCAAAGAGUACAAUUUGUCUCAUGUGACCAAAUAAUAUUUUGCCAUAUGCUCGUAGUCUUUCAUGUGCCUUUUUGCAAACUCCAGGCGUGUUGUCAUGUGCCUUUUUCUCAGGAGUGGCUUCCAUCGGGCCACUCUCCCAUAAAGCCCACAUUGAAGUGCUGUAAAUACUUUUGUCCUUCUGGCAGGUUCUCCCAUCUCAGCCAAAGAACUCUGUAGAUCUGUCAGUGGUUAUUAGGUUCUUGGUCACCUCCCUGACCAAGGUCCUUCUUGCCCAGUUGAUUAGUUUGGUCGGACGGCCAGCACUAGGCAGAGUCUGGUUAGUUCCAUGUUUUUUCAAUUUCACCAUUAAUGGUGACCACUGUGCUCUUGGAACCUUUCAACAUUCUAGAAAUUGUCUUAUACCCUUCCCCAGAUAUGCCUAAUCACAACUCUAUCUCUGAGAUCUACAGACAUUUCCUUGGACUUCAUGGUAUAGUUUCUGCUCUGACAUGCACUGUCAAUUGUGGGACCUUGUAUAGACGGGUGUGUUUCUUUCUAAAUCAUGUCCAAACAAUUGAAUUGGCCACAGGUGGACUCCAAUCAAGUUUUAGUGACGUCUCAAGGAUGACCAAAGGAUAUUGGAUGCACCUGAGCUCAAUUUGGAGUGUCAUAGCAAAGGGGUGUGAAUACUUAAGUAAAUUAGAUAUUUCAGUAUUUUAUUUCAAAUACAUUUGCAAAAAUGUCUAAAAACAUGUUUUCACUUUGUCAUUAUGGGGUGUUGUGUGUAGCUGGGUGAGAAAUCAUUUUAAUCAAUGUUGAAUUCAGGCUGUAACGCAACAAAAUGUGGAAUAAGUCAAGGGGUAUGGAUACUUUCUGAAGGCAUUGUAUGUGUAGAUAGUACAUUUUUAUGUUUGUUUUCAAUAUCACAAACUGUUUCUGCAUAUUGGUAUUGAUAUGGACACUUUAAAACUGUGUUUUGACAUUGGGCUAUUUAUCAAAAUGUCUUGUCAACAAGAAGCAGCGGCGUUAUCAUUUAAGGUUUAGGAAUAUACAUCUAGUCAGGUAAAAACUGCUGAACGAGUCCAAAAACGUGAUGCUUGAUUAAUUUUGAUGAUAUACGAGAAAGCACCAAAACUGAUUUGCCCUGCCUGGCGUCAGUGUCGUACACCACGACUGUUUGUCACUGUUAUGACAACAGUUGUUUCAGUCAAGCUAAAAAUAUUGUGGGCGUUGAGCUGUAUCGUGUGCUUGUGUUUAUUUACAAUGCAGGACAGUCCUCUCCCUGACCCUGGCCUGUAGAGGAGCCAGCUGUGCUAGUUGUCCUGUCGGCUUCAGUUAGGUCAUGUGUUUUGAUGGUCCAAAUCCAAUGCUCUUGUCAAUGUAGUGUCCAUACAUGUAGACUACUUUUCUAGAUGCAACACAAGAGCCACUCAUAGGAUAGAUGGACUAUAAAUAGCUAGCCAUAGGAUAUAAAUAGCUUUUGUUUGAUGCACCUUUUGUCCUUAAAAAAAAAAAGAAGCUUAAUCUGCUUUAGAUACAGGUUUUUAAUGAAAUAUAACGCCCCUUAUCUAUUCUAGGCUCUGGUUGUUUUUGGUGACUGAACUGAUCAGUGUUGUUUACAUCAACCCCUCAUUAAAAUGGAAUGAAGGAUUGUGUAAUGAAAGUUGUUUAUUCUCAGACCUUGCAUCAUGAAUGGUUGGCGUCUAUUCAGAAGCGUCUGAACUGAGUGGGGAGCAUCGCUAUGCUGUGUGGUAGAACCAGUGUAGCAUUACUUUGGAAGAAGGCGAAAAUAAAGUCUUAAUCCAUGUGUCGGCUUCUUUUUUUUGUUGGCAGAAAUGCUCACCAUGUUUAUGGUUUAGCCUAGGCUUAGCUAAAUACAGUAUUCCUGAAUUUCCAUAAGUGUCACUGAGCAUCUUUUGUAGAAUUAGAAAACACAUGCCUGUGUUAAACAGAGAGAAUCAAGUGUGCUGGACAUCGGUUGCUCAGAUCUAGACCUCCUAGCUUUUUGCAAAAACAUUACGACAGAGCUUGUCGACUCAAGACUGCUGCAGUGUGUUCGCUCACUACGGUUGGUUUUAACCGUCACUGUGACAAGACAAGUAUUGUUGAAACAAACCAAUGUGGUGUCUGUUUUAUAUUAGACCUACACAAGUCACUUAAGCGUACUCUUCUCCUGUAUGGUGAAGCAUGCUUUCCCUCUUCUUCUGAAACAGAGAAGCCUGCCAUAGUGCCACCGAUGUUUGUGUUCCAAAAAGAUAAAGCACAGAAGGUAAGUCAGAUGGUGUUGUUUCAUCACCCACACAUUCAUUGAAAUGAAUGGGCCUUCUUCAUGGAAAUUCACUGUUAAGCUUCAUCAUUUGACUCGGUUGUUUUUAGACUGAGAAGCCCAGUUGAUUUAGUGCUGCUCUCUAUUACAGAGGUCAGCUGAUGGAUCCAGUGCAGAAGAUGGAGAAGGUAAGCCUAGAUCUGCAUACAGUGAGGGAAAAAAGUAUUUGAUCCCCUGCUGAUUUUGUACGUUUGCCAACUGACAAAGAAAUUAUCAGUCUAUAAUUUUAAUGGUAGGUUUAUUUUAACAGUGAGAGAGAGAAUAACAACAAAAAAAUCCAGAAAAACGCAUGUACAAAAUGUUACAAAUUGAUUUACAUUUUAAUGAGGGAAAUAAGUAUUUGACCCCCCUGCAAAACAUGACUUAGUACUUGGUGGCAAAACCCUUGUUGGCAAUCACAGAGGUCAGACGUUUCUUGUAGUUGGCCACCAGGUUUGCAAACAUCUCAGGAGGAAUUUUGUCCCACUCCUCUUUUCAGAUCUUCUCCAAGUCAUUAAGGUUUCGAGGCUGACGUUUGGCAACUCGUACCUUCAGCUCCCUCCACAGAUUUUCUAUGGGAUUAAGGUCUGGAGACUGGCUAGGCCACUCCAGGACGUUAAUGUGCUUCUUCUUAAGCCACUCCUUUGUUGCCUUGGCCAUGUGUUUUGGGUCAUUGUCAUGCUGGAAUACCCAUCCACGACCCAUUUUCAAUGCCCUGGCUGAGGGAAGGAGGUUCUCACCCAAGAUUUGACGGUACAUGGCCCCAUCCAUCGUCCCUUUGAUGCAGUGAAGUUGUCCUGUCCCCUUCGCAGAAAAACACCCCCAAAGCGUAAUGUUUCCACCUCCAUGUUUGAUGGUGGGGAUGGUAUUCUUGGGGUCAUAGGCACAUCCCUCCUCCUCCAAACAUAGCGAGUUGAGUUGAUGCCAAAGAGCUCCAUUUUGGUCUCAUCUGACCACAACACUUUCACCCAGUUCUCCUCUGAAUCAUUCAGAUGUUCAUUGGCAAACUUCAGACGGGCAUGUAUAUGUGCUUUCUUGAGCAGGGGGACCUUGCGGGCGCUGCAGGAUUUCAGUCCUUCACGGCGUGGUGUGUUACCAAUUGUUUUCUUGGUGACCAUGGUCCCAGCUGCCUUAGGAUCAUUGACAAGACCCUCCCGUGUAGUUCUGGGCUGAUUCCUCACCGUUCUCAUGAUCAUUGCAACUCCACGAGGUGAGAUCUUGCAUGGAGCCCCAGGCCGAUGGAGAUUGACAGUUAUUUUGUGUUUCUUCCAUUUGCGAAUAAUUGCACCAACUGUUGUCACCUUCUCACCAAGCUGCUUGGCGAUGGUCUUGUAGCCCAUUCCAGCCUUGUGUAGGUCUACAAUCUUGUCCCUGACAUCCUUGGAGAGCUCUUUGGUCUUGGCCAUGGUGGAGAGUUUGGAAUCUGAUUGAUUGAUUGCUUCUGUGGACAGGUGUCUUUUAUACAGGUAACAAGCUGAGAUUAGGAGUGCUCCCUUUAAGAGUGUGCUGCUAAUCUCAGCUCGUUACCUGUAUAAAAGACACCUGGGAGCCAGAAAUCUUUCUGAUUGAGAGGGGGUCAAAUACUUAUUUCCCUCAUUAAAAUGCAAAUCAAUUUAUAACAUUUUUGACAUGCGUUUUUCUGGAUUUUUUUGUUGUUAUUCUGUCUCUCAUUGUUCAAAUAAACCUACCAUUAAAAUUAUAGACUGAUAAUUUGUUUGUCAUUAGGUAAACGUACAAAAUCAGCAGGGGAUCAAAUACUUUUUUCCCUCACUGUAUCUGAUUUGGCCAUUAGACUUUUCCUAAUAUUUUCCAUCCAAUCUUAAAAUUGAUGUCGUUAUAAAUCUUGUAAUUAGUUUACCAGGAGGGGUUUUGUAUUUCCUAAGCUGGGGCUUUUUAAACUGGCAUGUUGUUUAUCAACCCUGAAUGCUGAUUGGCUGAAAGCUGUGGUAUGUCAGACCGUAUACCACGGGUAUGACACAAUUAUGUUGGUAACCAGUUUAAAAUAGCAAUAAGGCACCUCAGGGGUUUGUGGUAUAUGGCCAAUAAAAUAUAUACCACGGCUAAUGGCUGUAUCCAGGCACUCCGUGUUGCGUUGUGCCUAAGAACAGCCAUUGGCCAUAUACCACACCUUCGGGCCUUAUUGCUUAAUUAAAGCCCAACUGAAUGCAAUUAAAAACUUUGCUGAUAGAGAAACGUCAAUUUGGCAUCGAUAUUAGUCAAACAUUUAUUCUAAUGUCAAAAUGUAGUACAAAGUGUAAAUAGGAAAAUGUUGGUCAUAAAGGCAGUCUCGUCCAAAGCGUAGUUUUGUAAGUAAGUUCGUCAUUACUGAAUUGAUUUGGUCAAUGCUCACUUGUCCACUAACUGGGGAUACACAGCUGCGGUGAUUGCGCUCUAUCCAAUCCUACCGCAGAACACAGACAGUGAGACAGACUGACCAGCAGAGCAGCGGAUCAGACUUUGUUUACAUAAGACGACGUCACACAUUUUUUAACUUGAGCAAUACUGCACCAAACACCUUAACUAGAUUGUGUGACUAAAACCUCCUCUGCAAAAACGUCCAAAUGUAUCUUAGAUUCAUUCUGACUAUUUUGAGGAGUGAUACUGGCUUUGUUCCUAUGGCGUCUCAUGGGGGACAAACAUCAGUAACUGCCACAUCAAACCCCACCCAAAAGACUGAAAUCUAAUUUUUCUUAAUGAGCAACAGAGGAGACAAAUGCGGAAUCGGUGCGUUCAGUCGCUCUUUAAUCACGUGAACUGGAGGCUAAGUAUUUUUCGUUUCAGAUUCAGACAAAGAUGAUGGUGGCUACUGUCCUCCAGUGAAAAGAGAGAGGACUUCAUCUUCAACACAGUUCCCGUCUUCACAUUCUGGUAGUAGUACACAUCAGAGAAGCUGACCGUGUUUCACUUGAUUCAUGAAGAGUAGUGCUGGAACCUGUCUUGUGUGUAACGCUGCCUCUUGCUCUCUGCAGUUGCUAGUAAGAACAAUGUCUUCAUGCCGUCAAGUUUCUGCCAGUCUCCCACUGGGAAUUCCGAGGACUCGGAGCCAGGUGAGGCAUAGUGUUUACUUCCUAUGGUUCCUCCUCGUCAUAAACGCUUCCCUCAUUAUAUCUCCAGUAUGUGACAUGGAUUGUAUGCUUGUAAACUGAAGUCCAGGCUAAAGCACCCUUCAUGCACAGUGUACGUUUAAUGAUGCCAGGGAUGUAGCUCAGUUGAUAGAGCAUGGCGUUUGCAACGGCAGGGUUGUGGGUUCGAUUCCCACGGGGGGCCAGUAUAAAAAAAUAUGUAUUCACUAACUGUAAGUCGCUCUGGAUAAGAGCGUCUGCUAAAUGACUAAAAUGUAAAUGUAAUGAUCGUAUUAAUGUACCCUCCCCACACACUGAAAGCUGCCAUUUGUUUAUGGUCUUUUUAUUAACAAUUGUACCUCUGUUUUUCUCUGGCCAGAAGAGAAGCCGGUAGGGUUUCGUUUAAAACCACCAACUCUUAUCCAUGGGCAGGCACCUAGUUCAGGUGGGUAUUAGUGCCUGGGUAUGUGUGUGUGUGUGUGUGUGUGUGUGUGUGUGUGUGUGUGUUUGUUGAUUUACGGCAAGGAGUUUUUUCCUGACCACCUGACGAGAAGUGGUCAGGCUAAGUCCUGGCCCUAAUAAAUGGUAAAAGUAGAUGGUAUUACAGCAUGUUAAUAUGAAUGGACGUGCAUGGUAGUAGUUUUGAUGUAGUCCUUGGUCGUGCAUGGUAGGUGUGAUAUAGUACAUGGUAGGUGUGAUAUAGUACAUGGUAGGUGUGAUAUAGUACAUGGUAGGUGUGAUAUAGUACAUGGUAAGUGUGAUAUAGUACAUGGUAGGUGUGAUAUAGUACAUGGUAGGUGUGAUAUAGUACAUGGUAGGUGUGAUAUAGUACAUGGUAGGUGUAAUAUAGUACAUGGUAGGUGUGAUAUAGUACAUGGUAGGUGUGAUAUAGUACAUGGUAGGUGUGAUAUAGUACAUGGUAGGUGUGACAUAGUACAUGGUAGGUGUGACAUAGUACAUGGUAGGUGUGAUAUAGUACAUGGUAGGUGUGAUAUAGUACAUGGUAGGUGUGACAUAGUAUAGAACAUGGUUGUGAAUGGAGUAGUUCUGUAAGGCAUUCAGAUCCAAUCCAUUAGCAGAUUGUGUUCCAGGCGUCCCCAGUCAGAAACCCAAGGAGCAGCAGCGCAGUGUCCUCAGGCCAGCUUUGCUCCAGGCCCCACCAGCCAAGACCAACUCCGAGUCCACUAACGGGGUGAAGAAGUCGACAGACGGGACGUCCGAAGGGUCAAACGUCUUCCAGAACAACACGGAGCACUCAGACGGCCUCAACAAGUCCCCGGUGAGGACUGGGAUCCUGGUCCUGUUUUAACAUACAGAGACAGAAGCUUGUGUAAUGUGGCAACGGUGCAGCAACCAAAUAAUUAAGUGGAACGCUAAUUUAAUGCAUCUCUAUGGCGGCAACUUAUUUUGCCUGUAGUUACAUGAAGUUGUGACUGCCGAGACCUUCUUCUUGGAUAUGAUUUAGUCCAUAUUAUUACUGUCAGAAUCAUUCAGUUGUUUAUUUCUGGUAAAAAAUAAAAAUAAAAAUACCUUUUACAACAACAACAAAUGAAAGCUGAAUUCCCAUCUGUCUCCUCUAGAAACAUGACAAAGAGGAGGAAGACGACGCGAGGGGAGAGAAGGACGACUGUCCUGCAGAGUCCUCUUUCGUGUUUGGGCAAAAUAUCAAAGACCGAGCAAAGGUUUGUCUUAUUUGUCAUGACCGCUUCAUAUUUGUGUAGGAUGCUGAUACUCUAUUUAACCCUCAUGUUUUUGUUAUUCACCCAGGUCUGAUGGACCCACAACAUUUGUUGGGUUUUUAAAACAAUACAGCCAUAACAAUUUACGUAAAAAUACUUAGAUGUUGCCUUUUAUCAAUUACAAGCAGUAUAGACAGCAUACAUGGUUCAUAUUUGCCAUUUACCUCUGCUAGAUCACAUUUAUUCAAUAAAAGCGCUAUAUCUUUUUAUUUUUUUUGUAUACGAUUAGAUUUUUGUAAACAAACAUCAAUUAUAAUCAAGACCUGGGUGGAAUAAAUCAUGUUUAUCUUGACCAAAUAUAAAUGAAACAAGGUUUUCAUCACUAUUGAUGUUUAUUGCCUUGAACUGAACAAAUUGGAAGGACACAUUUUACAUACAGUAUUUUAUGGAAAUGAUAAAUGAGCCCCAUUGAACACAAAUGAAGGCCGGUCUACACACCACAUGAGGGACAGAGUUUUACCGUGUGUGUGUUGCAAAUGUAUUUCUUGCACUUGAUGCAUCUGUACUGUGACUUCCUGUCCUUCAUGGGUCCACACACAUCACAGCGCCUCUUCUUGUUGCUACCGGCUGCAAUCUAGAAUGAUGAAAACACUUAGUUCAGGAAUUUUACUAACAUCUCACUCACAUAUAUAGUUACAGCAGGCCAAGGUAGGAGAGUCAGACACACACACACACAUGCAACAACAUCACUCACACUUACUUCCGGUAUUAGAGUUGUUGGUUCUGUGGGUCGGGCGGAUGGGGCGCCAGCAUCCUCCUCCUGAAUCCUCCUCCUCACGAUGGCUGCAGAAGCUGGAGUCCUUGGGAUAUGUUGCCUCCUCUGGAUUUGAGGUCUUACCAAUGCCUUGCCCAGCUCCUCGAGAAAGAGCCGUCUCCUCUGGAGCGUCCCCCUGUUCCAAUCUGGGUUCAACGCCAUCCAGAUGACAAACGCGUUGUACGCCGAGAUGUCCAAGAUGUUGAAGAAUAUCACAAGUGGCCAGCGUAGGGUUCUUCUUUUGCAGCUGUAGCCAGUCACCAGCUUGUCUAAGUUGUCCACCCCUCCUUUUGUGGCAUUGUAAUCCUUUAUGAUUUCUGGUUUUUGAUGUUCCCGUCCACAGAUUCUCCCAUCCCUAUGCAGCGUACUCAUGAGUACCACAUUUUUUUGCCUUUCUUUGGCACGUAUGACACUAGGGACGUGUCGGCCGUGAACACAAACUUAGAGGAAUUGAUAGGCCGGUUCUGUGUAUUCAACAGCUGAGGUGGAAGCUCUGGCUUGUUUUUUCGUUCUGUUCCUACCAUCGUCAGCUUCCUCUUGAGGACCUCCUGUCCCAGCUUGUGCGAAGUAAAAAAAAAAAAGGUUAUAGCAUGUGAUGUUGUGGCCAUGGAGUCCCUGUGCCACGUCCAGGACAACCCGCAUCCCUUGGUUCUUCUCAGGGGCUCCUCCAUCUGGCUUCCCCGUAUACACUUGCAAGUUCCCCGCAUAUGAUGAAGCAGCAUCACAAGUCGGUAUGUACCGCCUGAAGGGGCAGCGGCCCAUAAAUGGCAUAAGCUGCUCAUCAACAGUAACGUUGGGCCCAGGGUUGUAAAACAGGGGAAGGCGGUCCAGAGACAUGAUCCUCAUAUUCUGAACAUUCUUAAUCUUUCAAAGUGGAAGACGCUCCUUCCACACUAGCUUCUCUCUCUGCAAAACAAUAUUCUAAGGCCCUCUGAGCAGUGAUUAUUUUCUCCAUACUGAUUGAAUGUGGUAAAGAGCCACACAUGCAAAGCAAUUUAUUUGUCGUGUCCCUCCCCCAAUUUGCACCUGGCUGGGGUAGAGUGUGGGAAAAGAGUGUUUUUUUUUUUUUUUUUUUUUUUACAAUGUAUCGAAACAAUGUAUUGAAAUAAUGUAUUGUAGUAACAUUGUGCAGGUUCCCGCAAGACAUUGUGAGGUUCCACACACUACAAAGGGUAAAGAGUGUGAGAAAAGUGGGAGACAGCAGGGUUCUUGGUGCUAUGUUGAAACAGCAGGCCCAGGGAGGAGGAAGACAGAGUGAGGCACACAGAAAAAGAGCACCGACACACACACCCCCAGGGCCAGUGGACCCGAACACCACAUAGUAUAAACAUUGUAGGGGGUGCACAGGGCACUCAAUGAAAAAAUUGUUGUUUCAUUUCAUUUAUUGUCUCACCUACACCCUUUAUACCCACCAGGACGCGAAAACAUAUUAAUAAAAGGCUGUUUAGGGGGUAGCAAGUGUCAUUAAUUGUUUUUUUACAUAGCCGGCCAAUUCCAGUUGAAAAUAAUUCAUUGUCUUGGAAAUUGAAAGGUCACAGACAAACGCACAGAGGAUCGAAGUAACGAGGGAUAAGGAGUAGAUUGAGAGAACAAUGAGUCAGACGUAGAAAGAGAAUAUGACAAUCGAGAAGAAGUGUUGAGGAAGAGGUCAGAGAGCUCAGUAGAGAGCACCACAUAGAGAGAGAGAGAAAGAGUAAAAGUGAGGACGACACGAGAAUAAUGAACAGACGAGACAAAACGUAGAGUAGUACUUAACAAAAGCAGAGAAACGACGGCUCUAGACCAAAGUCUCACGCAGAGUCAACAACCAAGCGGAGAGAAUCAAAAGAGAGAGACAAACAGGACGAGUAGAAAAAGUGAGACAACCCACGAGCAGCGAAACACAAAAGAAGAGAGACAAAAAAACGGAGAGAGAAAAGAAAAGCGAGAUGGAGAGAGAAAAAAGCGAGAUAGAGAAAAAGAGAGAGAGAGAGAAAAAGCGAGAAACAGAAGAGAAAAAAGAGGUCUAUGAGAAAAGAGAUGAAUCAAGAGAGAGAGAGAGAGAGCUAGAGAGGGAGGAGAGAGAUAAGAAGAGAGAGAGAGAGGAGAGAGAGAAAGAGAGAGAGAGAGAGAGAGAAAGAAAGCUAGAGGAAGAGAGGAGAGAGAAGAGUAUCUCUCUCCUCUCUCUCUCUCUCUCUCUUCUCUCUCUCUCCUCUCUUCUCUCUCUCCACUCUCUCUCUCUCUCUCUCCACCCUCUCUCUCUCUCUCUCUCUUUCUCUCUCUCCACCGCUCUCUCUCUCUCCACCGCUCUCUCUCUCUCUCUCUCUCUCCACCGCUCUCUCUGUCUUCUCUCUCUCUCUCUCUCUGUCUCUCUAGUUGGAAGAGAACACUAAAGACGGCAAGUCGUUGCCCCUGGCCUCUCAGAAGGAGGGAACUAACUAUUUCUUAGAGUACAUUUCCACCGCCAGGUAAUGUAGUGUCUUCAGAGUAGAAAUACUUAUAUCACUGGAUUUUCAGACCACUUUACUCUGACAGAGUUGCACGUCUUUUCACUAUUUCGAAGGUUUUACUUAUAAUAAUCGUAAUAUGAUGGUUUUAGCUACCUUAGUUUAAAGCAUUAAUUGUAAGACUAAUGUACUAAUAACUUAAUGUUCUUAUUUUCACCCUUCCAGUUCAAAGAACGCCACAAACAAUACGGACAAGGGGGCCAAAUUUGUCUUUGGACAGAACAUGUCAGAGAGGGUCCUGGUGAGUAGAGACUGUUUGUUUGGCAGUGGUGUUGUCCUUCAGGCCAUGACGGACAGUAGAGACUGGUUGGUUAGUGGUCCUUCAGGCCAUGACAGACAGUAGAGACUGUUUGGUUAGUGGUGAUGUUGUCCUUCAGGCCAUGACAGACAGUAGACUGGUUGGUUAGUGGUGAUGUUGUCCUUCAGGCCAUGACAGACAGUAGAGACUGUUUGGUUAGUGGUGAUGUUGUCCUUCAGGCCAUGACAGACAGUAGAGACUGUUUGGUUAGUGGUGAUGUUGUCCUUCAGGCCAUGACAGACAGUAGAUUGUUUGGUUAGUGGUGAUGUUGUCCUUCAGGCCAUGACAGACAGUAGAGACUGGUUGGUUAGUGGUGAUGUUGUUCUUCAGGCCAUGACAGACAGUAGACUGGUUGGUUAGUGGUGAUGUUGUCCUUCAGGCCAUGACAGACAGUAGAGACUGGUUGGUUAGUGGUGAUGUUGUCCUUCAGGCCAUGACAGACAGUAGAGACUGGUUGGUUAGUGGUGAUGUUGUCCUUCAGGCCAUGACAGACAGUAGACUGGUUGGUUAGUGGUGGUGUUGUCCUUCAGGCCAUGACAGACAGUAGAGACUGGUUGGUUAGUGGUGGUGUUGUCCUUCAGGCCAUGACAGACAGUAGACUGGUUGGUUAGUGGUGGUGUUGUCCUUCAGGCCAUGACAGACAGUAGAGACUGGUUGGUUAGUGGUGGUGUUGUCCUUCAGGCCAUGACAGACAGUAGAGACUGGUUGGUUAGUGGUGAUGUUGUCCUUCAGGCCAUGACAGACAGUAGAGACUGGUUGGUUAGUGGUGAUGUUGUCCUUCAGGCCAUGACAGACAGUAGAGACUGGUUGGUUAGUGGUGGUGUUGUCCUUCAGGCCAUGACAGACAGUAGAGACUGGUUGGUUAGUGGUGAUGUUGUCCUUCAGGCCAUGACAGACAGUAGAGACUGUUUGGUUAGUGGUGAUGUUGUCCUUCAGGCCAUGACAGACAGUAGAGACUGGUUGGUUAGUGGUGAUGUUGUCCUUCAGGCCAUGACAGACAGUAGAGACUGUUUGGUUAGUGGUGAUGUUGUUCUUCAGGCCAUGACAGACAGUAGAGACUGUUUGGUUAGUGGUGAUGUUGUCCUUCAGGCCAUGACAGACAGUAGAGACUGGUUGGUUAGUGGUGAUGUUGUUCUUCAGGCCAUGACAGACAGUAGAGACUGGUUGGUUAGUGGUGGUGUUGUCCUUCAGGCCAUGACAGACAGUAGAGACUGGUUGGUUAGUGGUGGUGUUGUCCUUCAGGCCAUGACAGACAGUAGAGACUGGUUGGUUAGUGGUGAUGUUGUCCUUCAGGCCAUGACAGACAGUAGAGACUGUUUGGUUAGUGGUGGUGUUGUCCUUCAGGCCAUGACAGACAGUAGAGACUGUUUGGUUAGUGGUGAUGUUGUCCUUCAGGCCAUGACAGACAGUAGAGACUGGUUGGUUAGUGGUGAUGUUGUCCUUCAGGCCAUGACAGACAGUAGAGACUGGUUGGUUAGUGGUGAUGUUGUCCUUCAGGCCAUGACGGACAGUAGAGACUGGUUGGUUAGUGGUCCUUCAGGCCAUGACAGACAGUAGAGACUGGUUGGUUAGUGGUGAUGUUGUCCUUCAGGCCAUGACAGACAGUAGAGACUGGUUGGUUAGUGGUGAUGUUGUCCUUCAGGCCAUGACAGACAGUAGAGACUGGUUGGUUAGUGGUGAUGUUGUCCUUCAGGCCAUGACAGACAGUAGAGACUGGUUGGUUAGUGGUGGUGUUGUCCUUCAGGCCAUGACAGACAGUAGAGACUGGUUGGUUAGUGGUGGUGUUGUCCUUCAGGCCAUGACAGACAGUAGAGACUGGUGGUUAGUGGUGAUGUUGUCCUUCAGGCCAUGACAGACAGUAGAGACUGGUUGGUUAGUGGUGGUGUUGUCCUUCAGGCCAUGACAGACAGUAGAGACUGGUUGGUUAGUGGUGGUGUUGUCCUUCAGGCCAUGACAGACAGUAGAGACUGGUUGGUUAGUGGUGGUGUUGUCCUUCAGGCCAUGACAGACAGUAGAGACUGGUUGGUUAGUGGUGAUGUUGUCCUUCAGGCCAUGACAGACAGUAGAGACUGGUUGGUUAGUGGUGAUGUUGUUCUUCAGGCCAUGACAGACAGUAGAGACUGGUUGGUUAGUGGUGAUGUUGUUCUUCAGGCCAUGACAGACAGUAGACUGGUUGGUUAGUGGUGAUGUUGUCCUUCAGGCCAUGACAGACAGUAGAGACUGGUUGGUUAGUGGUGAUGUUGUUCUUCAGGCCAUGACAGACAGUAGACUGGUUGGUUAGUGGUGGUGUUGUCCUUCAGGCCAUGACAGACAGUAGAGACUGGUUGGUUAGUGGUGGUGUUGUCCUUCAGGCCAUGACAGACAGUAGAGACUGGUUGGUUAGUGGUGAUGUUGUCCUUCAGGCCAUGACAGACAGUAGAGACUGGUUGGUUAGUGGUGAUGUUGUCCUUCAGGCCAUGACAGACAGUAGAGACUGGUUGGUUAGUGGUGAUGUUGUCCUUCAAGCCAUGACAGACAGUAGAGCUGGUGGUAGAUCGAACCCAGUUGAACCCAAAUCGAUACGGCUCCUGAGAAAUGGAUCAGCCUGCGACUGCUAUGAUAGCUUGCAGUAACUCCAAUCAUGCAGGACAAUGUUAUCAGGACAACGCAAAUAGAAUAUGGUUGAAUUGGGACUAGAAAACCGCACACUUAUUGUCAGUGCACACACAUAAUGAGUGCCCUUAUCAGGAGUGUAUUGUAGGAGUGGACUUUAUUAUUGAACUGUCGAGACAAUGUGCGGUUGACUGGCGGCGUACUGCGCGGUUGACUGGCGGAGUACUGCGCGGUUGACUGACGGCGUAUUGCGCUGUUGACUGGCGGCGUACUGCGCGGUUGACUGGCGGAGUACUGCGCGGUUGACUGACGGCGUAUUGCGCUGUUGACUGGCGGCGUAUUGCGCGGUUGACUGGCGGCGUACUGCGCGGUUGACUGGCGGAGUACUGCGCGGUUGACUGACGGCGUAUUGCGCUGUUGACUGGCGGCGUACUGCGCGGUUGACUGGCGGCGUAUUGCGCGGUUGACUGGCGGCGUAUUGCGCGGUUGACUGGCGGAGUACUGCGCGGUUGACUGGCGGCGUACUGCGCGGUUGACUGACGGCGUACUGUGUUUUUUUCAGAGUCCUCUUAGAGGAGGUGAAGCAUCAGAGGAGGACUGUAAAGACUUACCGGCUCCCCCUGUGUCUGAACCCUCCUCAAAGGAAAACACACCAGAGAAGGGUAAGACACAUACACACUGAUGUCUCGCAGGAUAAUAAUAUAAUAAUAAUAUGCCAUUUAGCAGACGCUUUUAUCCAAAGCGACUUACAGUCAUGUGCGCAUACAUUUUUACGUAUGGAUGGUCCCGGGGAUCGAACCCACUACCUUGGCGUUACAAGCGCCAUGCUCUACCAAUUGAGCUAUAACUCUUGAGAGACUGGCUUCUCAAUCUUCACUACAAUCCAGUGCUGGCCCCAGUGUGUUAAUUAGUUAGAUGUGCGUCCUUAUCUGGUUUUGUGUGCGCGUGUGAUCACAGGUAACAACGUGACAGAGUCACUGGAGGAGUCUGCAGCAGCGUACACCAAAGCCACAGCCAAGAAAUGCAUCUUAGAGAAAGUAGACGUCAGAACUGGAGAGGAAUCAGAAAGUAACGUUUUACAGGUCGGUGGCCAGUCUCUGUUGCUGACUAUGUAGGAAUACAUCAGGGUGCAAUAGUCACAAAACAACCCAGAGUAGGAGUGCUGAUCUAGGAUCAGUUAUGCCUAUUAGAUCAUAAUGUACAGUCGUGGUCAAAAGUUUUGAGAAUGACACAAAUACUAAUUUUCACAAAGUCUGCUGCCUCAGUUUUGAUGAUGGCAGUUUGCAUAUACUCCAGAAUGUCAUGAAGAGUAAUCAGAUGAAUUGCAAUUAAUUGCAAAGUCCCUCUUUGCCACGAAAAUGAACUUAAUCUCCCCCCCCAAAAAAAACAUUUCCACUGCAUUUCAGCCCUGCCACAAAAGGACCAGCUGCCAUCAUGUCAGUGAUUCUCUCGUUAACACAGGUGAGAGUGUUGACGAGGACAAGGCUGGAGAUCACUCUGUCAUGCUGAUUGAGUUAGAAUAACAGUCUGGAAGCUUUAAAAGGAGGGUGGUGCUUGAAAUCAUUGUUCUUCCUCUGUUAACCAUGGUUACCUGCAAGGAAACACGUGCCGUCAUCAUUGCUUUGCACAAAAAGGGCUUCACAGGCAAGGAUAUUGCUGCUAGUAAGAUUGCACCUAAAUCAACCAUUUAUCGGAUCAUCAAGAACUUCAAGGAGAGAGGUUAAAUUGUUGUGAAGAAGGUGUCAGGGCACCCAAGAAAGUCCAGCAAGCGCCAGGACCGUCUCCUAAAGUUGAUUCAGCUGCGGGAUCGGGGCACCACCAGUGCAGAGCUUGCUCAGGAAUGGCAGCAGGCAGGUGCGAGUGCAUCUGCACACACAGUGAGGUGAAGACUUUUGGAGGAUGGCUUGGUGUCAAGAAGGGCAGCAAAGAAGCCAUUUCUCUCCAGGGAAAACAUCAGGGACAGACUGAUAUUCUGCAAAAGGUACAGGGGUUGGACUGCAGAGGACUGGGGUAAAGUCAUUUUCUCUGAUGAAUCCCCUUUCCGAUUGUUUGGGGCAUCCGGAAAACACCUUGUCCGGAGAAGACAAGGUGAGCGCUACCAUCAGUCUUGUGUCAUGCCAACAGUAAAGCAUCCUGAGACCAUUCAUGUGUGGGGUUGCUUCUCAGCCAAGGGAGUGGGCUCACUCACAAUUUUGCCUAAGAACACAGCCAUGAAUAAAGAAUGGUACCAACACAUCCUCCGAGAGCAACUUCUCCCAACCAUCCAAGAACAGUUUGGUGACGAACAAUGCCUUUUACAGCAUGAUGGAGCACCUUGCCAUAAGGCAGAAGUGAUAACUAAGUGGCUCGGGGAACAAAACAUCGACAUUUUGGGUCCAUGGCCAGGAAACUCCCCAGACCUUAAUCCCAUUGAGAACUUGUGGUCCAUCCUCAAGAGGCGGGUGGACAAACAAAAACGCACAAAUUCUGACAAACUCCAAGCAUUGAUUAUGCAAGAAUGGGCUGCCAUCAGUCAGGAUGUGGCCCAGAAGUUAAUUGACAGCAUGCCAGGGCGGAUUGCAGAGGUCUUGAAAAAGAAGGGUCAACACUGCAAAUAUUGACUCCUUUUCAUAAACUUAAUGUAAUUGUCAAUAAAAGCCUUUGACACUAAUGGAAUGGUUGUAAUUAUACUUCAGUAUACCAUAGUAACAUCUGACAAAAAUAUCUAAAAACACUGAAGCAGCGAACUUUGUGAAGACCAAUACUUGUGUCAUUCUCAAAACUUUUGACCACGACUGUAUUAGAUUACAAGGAGGACCUGAUCCUAGAUCAGUACACCUAGACGCUUGAUACAUAAACCCCGUCCCCCUCCCCCAAGCAAGUGUUUUAAUGUUGCUUUUCCCUCCCUCAGGUCCAGUGCAAGUUGUUUGUGUUUGACAUGACGGCCCAGUCGUGGAUAGAGCGAGGUCGAGGACUGCUCAGGCUCAAUGACAUGGCAUCCACAGAUGACGGAUCAUUACAGUCACGUCUAGGUAAGUACACAGACACACACGCACACCUCGUGAAGGGUUGUUUGUCUCAGUAACUUACAGGAUAUAACUCACAAGCCCUUCCUAAGAACCGACCACAGUCAUCAUGGUUAUUGGGAUUGAACGGUCCCAAAAUGGAUUGAAGGAGGAUAAUGUCUUCCGAAAGUAUUCAUACCCAUUGACUUAUUCCACAUUUUGUUGUGACAGCCUGAAUUCAAAAUGGAUUAAAUGUAUAUUUUUUCUCACCCAUCUACACACAGUACCUCAUAAUGACAGUGAAAACAGGUUUUUAGAAAAUGUUGGCAGUGAUUGCAGCUGAGAGUCUUUCUGGGCAAUACUCUAAGACCUUUGCACACCUGGAUUGUGCAAUAUUUGCCCAAAUGAGAUGGUUUGGGAUGAGUCGGACCGCAGAGUGAAGGAAAAGCAGCCAACAAGUGCUCAGCAUAUGUGGGAACUCCUUCAAGACUGUUGGAAAAGCAUUCCAGGUGAAGCUGGUUGAGAGAAUGCCAAGAGUGUGCAAAGCUGUCAUCAAGGCAAAGGGUGGCUAUUUGAAGAAUCUCAAAUAUAAAAUAUAUUUGGAUUUGUUUAACACUUUUUUUUUUUGCUUACUACAUGAUUCCAUAUGUGUUAUUUCAUAGUUUUGAUGUCUUCACUAUUAUUCUACAAUGUAAAACUAAAGAAAGACCCUUGAAUGAGUAGGUGUGUCCAAACUUUUGACUGGUAGUGUAUAUAUCGGUGUUCUCCAGUGAUCUGUCUAUAAUUACCCUGUAUACAGUGCAUUUGGAAAGUAUUCAGACCCCACAUUUUGUUACGUUACAGCCUUAUUCUAAAAUUGAUUAAAUAAAAAAAUUAUAAAAUUCCUCAAUCUACACACAAUACCCCAUAAUGACAAAGCGAAAACAGGUUUUAAAUUUUUUUAGCAAAUGUAUUAAAAAUAAAAACAUACCUUAUUUACAUAAGUGUUCAAACCCUUUGCCAUGAAACUCAAAAUUCAGCUCAGGUGCAUCCUGUUUCAAUUGAUCGUCCUUGAGAUGUUUCUACAACUUGAUUGGAGUCCACCUGUGGUAAAUUCAAUUGAUUGGACAUGUUCAAUUUGUAUAAGAUAAUGGAUAAGAGCGUCUGCUAAAUGAUGUAAAUGUAAAUUUGGUAAGGCACACGCCUGUCUGUAUAAGGUCCCACAGUUGACAGAGCAUGUCAGAGCAAAAAUCAAGCCAAGAGGUUGAUGGCAUUGUCCGUAGCGCUCCGAGGAUUGUGUCGAGGGACAGAUCUGGGGAAGGGUACCAAAACAUUUCUGCAGCAUUGAAGGUCCCCAAGAACAAGUGGCCACCAUCAUUCUUAAAAUGGAAGAAGUUUGGAAGCACCAAGACUCUUCCUAGAGCUGACCGCCUGGCUAAACUGAGCAAUCGGGGGAGAAGGCCCUUGGUCAGGGAGGUGACCAAGAACCUGAUGGUCACUGACAGAGCUCCAGAGUUCCUCUGUGAAGAUGAGAGAACCUUCCAGAAGGACAACCAUCUCUGCAGCGCAGCACUCCACCAAUCAGGCCUUUUAUGGUAGAGUGGCCAGACGGAAGCCACUCCUCAGUAAAAGGCACUUGACAGCCUGCUUGGAGUUUGCCAAAAGGCACCUAAAGGAUUCUCAGACCAUGAGAAACAAGAUUCUCUGGUCUGAUGAAACCAAGAUUGAACUCUUUGGCCUGAAUGCCAAGCGUCACAUCUGGAGGAAACCUGGCACCAUCCCUACGGUGGAGCAUGGUGUUGGCAGCAUCAUGCUGUGGGGAUGUUUUUCAGCAGCAGGGACUGGGAGACUAGGCAGGAUCAAGGGAAAGAUGAACAGAGCAAAGUACAGCGAGAUCCUUGAUGAAAACCUGCUCCAGAGUACUCAGGACCUCAGACUGGGGCAAAGGUUCACCUUCCAACAGGACAACAACCCUAAGCACACAGCCAAGACAACGCAGGAGUGGCUUCGGGACAAGUCUCUCAAUAUCCUUGAGAGGCCCAGCCAGAGCCCGGACUUGAACAUCUCUGGAGAGACCUAAAAAUAGCUGUGCAGCAAUGCUCCCCAUCCAACCUGACAGAGCUUGAGAGGAUCUGCAGAGAAGAAUGGGAGAAAAUCCCCAAAUACAGAUGUGCCAAGCUUGUAGCGUCAUACCCAAGAAUGCUCGAGGCUGUAAUCGCUGCCUAAGGCGCUUCAACAAAGUACUGAGUAAAGGGUCUGAAUUCUUAUGGAAAUGUGAUAUUUAAUGUUAUUUUUAUUUCAUACAUUUGCAGAAUUUCUUAACCUGUUUUUGCUUUGUCAUUAUGUGUGUAGAUUGAUGAGGGGAGAAAAAAAAAACAAUUUAAUCCAUUUUAGAAUAAGGCUGUAACGUAACAAAGUGGAAAAAGUCAAGGGGUCUGAAUACUUUCCGAAUGCACUGUACAUGUGUUCCCCAGUGAUCUGUCUGUAACUACCCUGUAAAUAUCUGUUCCCCAGUGAUCUGUCUGUAACUACCCUGUAAAUAUGUGUUCCCCAGUGAUCUGUCUGUAACUACCCUGUAAAUAUGUGUUCCCCAGUGAUCUGUCUAACUACCCUGUAAAUAUCUGUUCCCCAGUGAUCUGUCUAACUACCCUGUAAAUAUCUGUUCCCCAGUGAUGCGGACCCAGGGCAGCUUAAGGUUGAUCCUGAACACCAAGCUGUGGCCCCAGAUGCAGGUGGACAAGGCCAGCGAGAAGAGCGUCCGCAUCACCGCCAUGGACACAGAGGACCAGGGGGUCAAAGUGUUCCUAAUAUCGGUACGACACCAUCCCCUUGUCUGCAUCAAACAGACAGCACCAUCCCCUAACCUGCGUCAUGUUAUGGUCAUCAGCUAUACAGCACCAUCCCCUAACCUGCGUCAUGUUAUGGUCAUCACACAUACAGCACCAUCCCCUAACCUGCGUCAUGUUAUGGUCAUCACGCAUACAGCACCAUCCCCUAACCUGCGUCAUGUUAUGGACAUCACGCAUACAGCACCAUCCCCUAACCUGCGUCAUGUUAUGGUCAUCACACAUACAGCACCAUCCCCUAACCUGCGUCAUGUUAUGGUCAUCACCUAUACAGCACCAUCCCCUAACCUGCGUCAUGUUAUGGUCAUCACCUAUACAGCACCAUCCCCUAACCUGCGUCAUGUUAUGGUCAUCACACAUACAGCACCAUCCCCUAACCUGCGUCAUGUUAUGGACAUCACCUAUACAGCACCAUCCCCUAACCUGCGUCAUGUUAUGGUCAUCACACAUACAGCACCAUCCCCUAACCUGCGUCAUGUUAUGGUCAUCACCUAUACAGCACCAUCCCCUAACCUGCGUCAUGUUAUGGUCAUCACCUAUACUUCACCAUCCCCUAACCUGCGUCAUGUUAUGGUCAUCACCUAUACUUCACCAUCCCCUAACCUGCGUCAUGUUAUGGUCAUCACACAUACAGCACCAUCCCCUAACCUGCGUCAUGUUAUGGUCAUCACCUAUACUUCACCAUCCCCUAACCUGCGUCAUGUUAUGGUCAUCACCUAUACAGCACCAUCCCCUAACCUGCGUCAUGUUAUGGUCAUCACCUAUACAGCACCAUCCCCUAACCUGCGUCAUGUUAUGGUCAUCACCUAUACAGCACCAUCCCCUAACCUGCGUCAUGUUAUGGUCAUCACACAUACAGCACCAUCCCCUAACCUGCGUCAUGUUAUGGUCAUCACACAUACAGCACCAUCCCCUAACCUGCGUCAUGUUAUGGUCAUCACCUAUACAGCACCAUCCCCUAACCUGCGUCAUGUUAUGGUCAUCACACAUACAGCACCGUCCCCUGUAGUGGGCGUGGCCAAUGGAGCGGUUUUAGAGGCCCUCUUGGCCACAGAGACUAAAUGUUGCUGUUUUUAAAGCAGAUUUCCUGCAAUUCUACACAUUUUCCAUGGCUUAUGCUGUGUUCUUAUGCUGCAGUGUCUGAGUGAUUCAAACAUAACAAAAUCAAUGGGAGCCCCCCCCCCCCCCAUGCCAUGACAUUUUCCCUGACGAUCUAGUUUUUAUUUCAGUGAUUGUUAGUUCUCAAAGAUGAUCUUAUUGAACAACAACAAAAAAUUGCUCCCAUUAUCUUUUCUACAUACUUUAUAUCUGGUUUUAGUCGUUAAAGUUUACACUGAAAACUUUUUACAGUCCGGAAAAUUAUUAAAACAAUUUAAAAAGAAUAAAAAACUACGCCACUGCUAAAUGUAUAUAGGGGAAACAAUGUUGUCUGUCAGAUGUUGUUUAUCUCUUGUCUUUGUGGUACCUUAUGGAUCUGGCCGUAAUGGCCACAGGUACUCUUAAAUCUCCACCCGGCACAGCCAGAAGAGGACUGACCACCCCUCGGAGCCUGGUUCCUCUCUAGGUUUCUUCCUAGGUUCCUGCCUUCUAGGAAGUUCCUAGCCGCUGUUCUUUUGCAUUGCUUACUCUUUGGGGUUUUGGGCUAGGUAAUCUGUAAAGCACUUUGUGACGACUGCUAAUGUAAAAAAAAAGGGCUCUAUAAAAUAAAUGUGAUUUUUAAAAUUGAUUUGGUUUAACAGGCCAGUUCUAAGGACACGGGUCAGCUGGCUGCAGCCCUGCACCAUCGUAUCCUGGCCCUGAAGAGCCGCGCGGACCAGGAGCCCCAUGAGACCCCGGCUGCAGACUACGUCCCCGAGGCUGACCUGCCCCACUCUGAUGGGGACAGCGAUGAGGAAGACCAGGUCAACAACGCAGCAGCAGGUCUGUACCUAGCGACCUCUCUAGUUGGGUGGGUGUGUCAUUCAACCCCCAGUUUGUGAGACUUCAAGGUUCGUCAACUGCCUUUGUGGUACUUGUUUGUGUACUUUUAGUCAGUGUGUCUACCCAUAUCUCUCCAGUCACUAUUACUAGUGUGUCCAGUCAUCAGACCUGCCAACCCACACGCAUUUUGCGUACCAUGCACGCAAUUUGAUAUCAAAGCACGCUGGUAUGAAAAACUACCAUGAAAUACGCAAAAGUAGGCUUCUAGUUGGCACAUUGUGGUGUUUGACUCAACCGUCUGAAGUUGGAGCUGAGCCAAUCAGAGGACUUGGGCGAGGAGAAAAAAUCUCUAGCUCUCCGGCCCGCCCCACAUAGUCGUAGUACUGUUUUCCUCCCUCGAGCUGGAUGGCAGCUCUCCACUUUGUCCGUUGACACCAAUGGUUUGUGAGGAAAAAGGGUAGGAAAAAUGGCGAACAAACUGUUUGCCAAAUACAUUUUCCAAAAUGGUAUCUUAGUCAAGCACAUAACCACUUAUUUCGUAAUUGGCUCCUUAGCUAAGGCGUCAUUACGACGAAGGUAGUUAGCUAUAGCGUUUAGUCAACUAAAAUAACUUUCUUGCCCGCACAUGCUUUGAUCUCCGCAACGGUAGUAGGCGGGAGCGCGUUGACGAGCAAGGAAACACGUGCUGAGGUAGUUCAGUGCGCGUCGCUGCUGGAAACGGACAUGGCAGAGAGAGCUUUUCCUCUAAUACCGUCGUUAACAUAAAGCUAUGUUGGAUUGUUAACGAUUAGUAGGCCUAUGUUAAUUAAACAGUUAUUGAUCUGUCCUCUUGACAUUGCUGCAUGUCAACAGUAGGCUGCUAAGUAAUGAUAAGUCAGUUCAUCAAUGACGACAAGGCAUGUUGAAUACUAGGUAGCCUAGUAGUCAGACCUAAUAUGAUGGAUUAGGUCAGGGAUGGAGAUCUGAUACAAGCUCAUAUAGUUCAGUUGUUUCAUAUUCCAGAAAGCCUACAGUAAACUAAACUACUACAUUGCAUCCAGCAAUUGAAUUAUUCUGAAUUUUCUCCCCAAACAAAAUUUUAGAAGCCAGUUUACAUUUUCAGUAGACUAUCCACAUAGACACCUAUUAAUUAGAAAAAUCAUUACUCCUAAAUUUAACCCCCAAAAAAUGUGAGUCAUUGAGACCACCUCCAUUUUAUUUAGGAUAAAACACAAUACUUCUGUGUUAGCUACAUUGUUUGAUAUAAUUUCAGGCUUUAGGUUUCAGGAAAUGGCAUUUACUGGUUAAAUGUGCCACUAGAGAUCCUGGUUCGAAUCCAGGCUCUGUCGUAGCCGGCCGCGACGGGGAGACCCAUGAGGCGGCGCACAAUUGGCCCAGCGUCGUCCAGAGUAGGGGAGGGAAUGGCCAGCAGGGAUGUAGCUCAGUUGAUAGAGCAUGGCGUUUGCAACGCCAGGGUUGUGGGUUCGAUUCCCACGGGGGGCCAGUAUGAAAAAAUAAAUAAUGUAUGCACUCACUAACUGUAAGUCGCUCUGGAUAAGAGUGUCUGCUAAAUGACAAAAAAAAAAAAAAAAAAAAAAAAAAAGAACCUAAAUGCUCCAACUUCUUGAGGGGGAAGUUAACUGACCCCCUCCAGACCUACCCAACCUUAGGCCUAUAUCAGCACCACCUUGACAGAGAAUACUAGGGAGAGGCCUGGGGUGUAUUCAAUCGACGAUCUGUUGCAAAAAAAAAUCUUAAACGGAACGAGACUGGAAGGGACCUACCUGAAUUUGUCCAAUAGAUCCCCCGUUCUUCAUUUCACGUCACAUCAUUUUUCAUAAUGAAGUUUACCGGUAGUCCUUGGGUCACGUGAUGUUUGUUUACAAGCACAUGGCGACGAGAUACUGGAGCCUUGAGUCACUGUGUUGUGCAGCACAGGUGAUCUAGUUACAAUAUGGAAUUCACAACUAAAUGUUUGCCAGCUAGAUAUCUUAUACCUAUUAAGUUAACUGUCUAAAAUGUGCUAAAUGCUCUGCAGUUGGUUUGCUAAUUUAGUAGCUAGUUAGCUAAGUGGUUAGCUACUUUCAAAAUCAAGAUUCGCUUGGUAACAGCAGAGAAUCCCCUCCUGGAUCAAGAGCCUUGCUGUCUAAUAUUUGUUUUGUGCGUGCAGCAAAUUGUGAGUAGCAUUUUUGAGUUACUUGUAUAACAUUAUUAUCUGGGAUGUCUGUUCUGCAAAUACUUUAGGUCAGAGACUGUAUAAAAAUGUUCGCAAUGAGCUCGUUAGCAUUUAUUUAGCAUUCCCUAUGGGAUUUUACAUGUACUUGUUAGCAUUGCUAACCUUCGGAUUACAGAGGUUCAGUGGGGUUUGAAAAUAGCACCCCUCGUGUUCAGUGCCGGUAUUACCGAAUAUCCCGGUAAGGCACAAGGUCAUGACAAUCUGGAUACUGCCCAAAGCCUACUAUUCUAGUGUGUCCAGUCACUGUUCGGCUGCUCUGCGGCCAAAGGGACGGUUUUAGAGGACCUCCUCUUUGCCGCAGAGACAAUUUUGCUGUUUUAAAGCUAUUUCCUGCAAUUCUACACAUUUUGCCAUGGCUUAUGCCUUGUUCUUAUGCUAUCUAAAUGACUCAAACAUAAGAAAAUCAAUGGGGACCCCAUGCCAUGACAUUUUUGGAAUUUCAGAUUCUACCUGACUGUCUAGUUUUUAUUUAGGUGAUUGUUAGUUCUCAAAGAUGAUCUUAUUAGUUUUUUAUAUUGCUCCAUUAUCUUUUCUACAUUCUUAAUAUCUGGUUUUAGUCCUUUUUUAAGUUUACACUGAAAACAAUUUACCAUCCAGAAAAUGAUUCCUGUGUGCCACUGCUAAAUGCAUAUUGGGAAAACACUGAUUGUAUUAUUUUAACAGUGUUCUGUCCUGCAGGUAACUCCGAGGGAGGGGAGACCCAGGCUGCUGGGAGCACAUAGCGUUAGCCUGUCAGGAUACUGCUGCUGUUUAAGGGGCCUUUUACUGCAGGCAUCCCCACGGACACCCCACCCUAACCAACAUGGGUCCUUCAGACCAGUACUUUUGGAUAUUUAGAAUUCUAGCUCCAGGAAUUAAAAAAAAAUUACCUGUGCCGAAGUGUCUCACCCCAACUCGUGCAGUUCAUUUUUUCCUUUUCAUUCAACCAACGUAAACAUCUGGAGUUGUAUUUUUUUAUUUUUUAUUUUUUUUUUAGCGUCUGCAAUAAGAGACCACAGCUUUUUGGGGGAGGUUUGUGACUUGGCUGCUCAUCAUAUUGAUGAGUACGAGGGUGUUUUCCUCUCUGACAUUUUAAGGUAUGACACAUGUUUAAGAAUGCAGUUUCUACUAUGGGACCUUUCUACUCACCAGACCACCGCACCUCUUGGACCCACCCAAACCACCCCCGGCUCCAGAGGAACUCAUGGCUGUCACCGUGUAG